UUUCCCCCGCGCGGCGUGCACGGCGGGCGGCUGCCGUUGGCGCGCACCCGGAAGGAGGCAGAGGUGUCGGGGCGCUGAGCCCAGACGCAGCUGCUGCACAGUGAUGAUCGAGGAGGAGGAGGAGGAAGAGGAGGAGGAGGAGGAGGAGGAGGAGGAGGAGGAGGAGGAGGAGGAGGAGAAGGGAGGACGGGUGUUUUGCAAAAGGCGUGUGCAAACCACCGCGGCCCCCAGCAGAAAUCGACCCACUCCCUCGGCGCUCCGCGCGGCGCGGUUGGCUCGGUGUGAGCCGGCUGCACGUAAGGAGUGACCCGGGCAAGAGUGACCUCUGGUGCGCGGCUUCUGUGGGGGCGCGAGGAGGCCAAACACGAGCGCGCAGGACGGUACCAUCGCACCGAGCGCGGCGAUCGGGGGCCCAGUGAGCGCGCACCAAAGGUCACUCCGGCGAAGGGUCACUCUUGCGUGUAGUCGAGUGAGGCCCCUCUGCUGCUCGAAGUCCGGCUUCUGGGGGGCGCCAACGCCCUGCGGGCGCGGCGCGGUCGGGGCGCGCGCCCUCGCGGGCCGCCGGUGCGGCGAGGUGCCGGCGGGGCGCGGGCUCCCUGGCGGCAGCUCCAGUGAGGCCCUCUCGGCCUCGCCGGCGGCUGCUGCCGGACGGGCUGCCGCCACCUGCUCCGCGGGCGGCCAAGGGCGGCUCAUCGUGCGCAUGCCUGUGCUUCACGAGGGCACUGCGAGGCGCAGGCGGGCGCUGCAGGGCUCGAGAGGCAGCCGAGGAGGGGCAUCGCCCCCCGCUGUAGCACGCGAUCGAACGAGAUGAAACCAUCAGUCUCGUUGCGUGGGAACGGGUGAGAGCUACACUUCAGUACGAUCGAGGGGCCAGCAGGCCGGAUUGGACCGCUCCAGAGGGGCGGCGCUGAUUGAGCACACGCCCUCUUUGAUCAACACAACUUAGAAAAAAAAACCAGAUGGUUUUGACACAUGUCAGUUUUCCCUCAGACAGGGUUCUGGCCAAGGCGAGUGGUAAAGGCAACCAGCUCGCCCACCUAAGUGGCCAGAAGCCAUGGGAUUGGGCGCACUCAGGCCGACAGAGCGAGUCCACGAUGCUUCGCAGCCAAGAACAACUUCUCCUACUCCUCCUCGAGAUGUAUUUGCAGCUCUUGGGAAUUGGGCACGGCCCUAAUAGGCAGCAGUGUCAGCCACUGGCAACUCCGCCCUGUGCCCCCAGCAGGGAGCUCAAGCACACACGCACAGCAACCGUGCGAUCGCCCACAAGGCCUACCGCCCAAAGAAAAAGCCCAAGCGCCGGAAGCCUUGCUCACCACCGGGCCACCAGGGCCGAUGGGAGGCCUAGGAGAAAACCGAUUGGGCCAGUGCGAGGCUGGCGCGCCUUGCUGUACACCCUCUGGGCGACAGUAUCAGCCGAAAGAAGAAGACUCAUUGCUGGUGAGACGGAUCAUCAGUCAUUGGGGCGUACGCUGCAGGGCAAAACGCCAGCAGCACUCCUCCUCCCUCCUUCUAGUCCUGCUCCUGCUCCUGCUCUUGCUGAUUGGGCCUGCC